GUAACUGCAGUUAGUCACCUUCCUUUGUAGCUAUGUCGCUGUACUCAACGCCGUUUCUCGUUCUGAACUUGGGUUCCGAAAUGAUUUUUGUCAUAGCCCAGCGGCUACAGGCACAGAAUAUUUCUGAAGAACGGAGUACACUAGUUUUAGAAGAUCUAAUAGCAGGCCUAACCUCUAACAGACUGAUUAAAGAUUUAAUGAAGCCUCAACCUGUCUCUUCUGAAGGAGAGGUGCGCGAAAUUAUAGAAACCAUAGCGAAUUCAAGCGCUAUGAAGUUAGAUCCAGUAAGCAUGAAUAAAUUAUGGGACUUAAUUACGAUGGUUUUUAAGUGGCAGUUAACUAUUUCGUCAGCAAUUAUAGAAACUACUCAGCGUCAUCUUUACGAACUAGAAUCAUACGUGGCUAGUGAAGGAACUCAGCUACAGCUUCAUAGAGUACAAAACAUAAUGGAGAACUUCAAUAAAAUACUUACUGGAGAUGAAAAAAGAGCAGUGCAUGAAGAUCUUGUAGGCUGGUGCCAAAAGUUCAACGUUAGAGUAUCACUACUUUUACGCAUGGGACUACAGAAUGACGACGGUAAUUUUAACAUCAAUGAUUUGGAUCCUGUGGCGGAAAAAAUGUUGCAAAACAUCGGCGAAAAUAUCUAUCACGUGACACAAAACGGGCGCAUAUUGGAAAACCAAAAUGAACAUAAAGCUUCUGAAGACUUUUUAGAAGUAAAGAAUGCUAAUGAGUUAAAGUUCUUUGUUCAUGAAAUGCUGGGGGAGAGGAAGUUGAGCACUGGGAGCAAUGAGGGAAACCCAAACAUGCUUCGGCUCUGUUCUCUCACAGAAUCUAAAUUAAAUAAUAAUCCGAUGGAUGACAGGUUUGACAGUAUAGAUGUCAACGUAAAUGACAAUGACAAUUUACAAUCUCUGAUGACCGAUAUGAAUAUCAGGGAUGAAACCGAGUGUAACAGCUUCAAGGAUGAUUUGCUAAAUAUGAUUGAUGCGGGACAAAACGAAAUGGUUUAAAAUUAUUAAUUUACGAUGUAAUUUUAAGUUCACGCAUGUGUGAUGUGUAUCUUAAAGACUUUUUUGAAAAUAAAGUGCCUUUUGA